CGGAGGGAUCCGUUCUCGAAUGAACAAGGAGGCUACACACCCAAGAUGUCAAAACACCUACCGAUGCUAGGGACGGUGUCUGGUGUUGAAGAGGGAGACCCUAUGGAUAUGAGUCAAUCGUCUGGGAUACCCGUCAACCCUCCUACCAGCAGUCCUGAAGGCGAUCACGCUGGUGACAUGUUACAUUCGGGGCCCGGCGAGCUACAGGUUCCUCAUACGAACGGAACUUCUAUGCCUGCAGGUGCUGCUGCGACGCAACCUAAGAUUGUUCAGACGGCUUUCAUCCAUAAGCUAUACAACAUGCUCGAAGAUCAAAGCAUCCAACACUUAAUAUCAUGGUCAGUCAGCAAUGAGAGUUUUGUCAUGUCGCCGUCGUCAGAGUUCGCUCGAGUCUUAGCCCAAUAUUUCAAACAUACCAAUAUAUCAUCAUUUGUUCGACAGCUUAAUAUGUAUGGCUUUCACAAAGUGAGCGAUGUUUUUCACUCUGCAUCACCUGAUGCCCCGUUAUGGGAAUUUAAACACGGCCAGGGUAGCUUCAAACGUGGCGAUCUUGCCGGUCUUCGAGAGAUCAAGCGGAGAGCAUCGCGACAAACUUUGAUUCAUCGAGACUCCUUUUCCGCUGGACCAAAAAUUCCUCCUCCACAGCCCGCUGGCGCGCCCAUGGAGACCAUCCAAGAGCCCAUUGAGAAUCGUGUGCACGCUCUGGAAUGGAACACUCAAGAGAUGAGUGCGCGCCUGAUGCGAAGCGAGGAGGCUUUUCUGGCCAUGGCUGGGAAAUGUCAAGCACUACUAGACGGCUUGAUCAGAUGUCACCAAUGGAACCAAGAUCUUUCUGGACACCUUCUGAACUUGGUGCCUGAUCAAGAGAACCCUGUUCAUCGCGAGGUGCAGGCCGUGCGUCAGGCAAUCUCUCGUCAGAUCGAUUCUCUUCGAUCCCUCGAGGAGCCUCCGGAGUCGAUGCUCAAUAAUCGACACACUUUAUUCACUCCAACGAUACCCAACGAACCGAUGAUGCAGAUGUCGCCGCGCCAACGUCCGUAUGACGAGUCUCGAAGGCCAUCUCUGCCGGGUGGUCCUCGUGCUUUAGGUAUCCGCGCCCCGGUUCCGCCAUACCUGACGGGUUCGCCACGACGGUAUAGUUCCAUGGGCACGCCAAACAGCCUAGGCACUGCUCCCUAUCCACCUUCUCCCCAUCGACCAAGCCAUCAUGCUCACACCGGUCCUCUUCCACCACCACCUCCACCUCCGCCUCCUCCUGCCGGACAACAUCCUCUUGCAAAUACCGGCUCUCCACCUUCAAAUCUCUCUCGCCGACACACAUCUGCCGAUAUCCGACUCAGUCAAUCCUGGGAAGGAAGGCCACCACCUCUCGACCAGCCACCCCCACCGCACUACCCAGGCGCCUCACCCUACGCGUCCGGCCAGAAUUCAUCCAUGUGGCCGUCCUCACCGCGUCUCUCAACCAACCCCGGCGAUCAACACAUCCGCGAUACCCUCGCCCAAUAUGAACUCCCACGUGUCUCUCACCAAUCAUCUGCCGCUGCCGCCGCAGGAACCUCUCGCUCGCACUCUCCCAUCCACCAUCCCGAUCCAUCCUCCGCACCUUCCAACAACAAAUCUUCCUUUCCACCCACCACUCGUCCUGACGACAACAAUCACACAGGCUGGCAACUCCCCGCCGCCCGCUAUCCUCCUUCCACUAAAGGACCUGCUUCAGCCGCUCCGACGCCUCCAGAGUUUGUCCGCCGCAGCUCCAUGGCGAGCAACGUCCAUUCACUGCUGAAUCCUACCACUUCGGCGGAUAGUUCGACUUCGGCGACGGAAAGGGACGGGGAGAGAGAACGU